CAGUGUUGUAGGUGGCGGUAUGUACUAUUUACGACUGUUUGUAAGCCGCCAUUACGCUAUAAGGAUAUUCCCAGUCUUCCGAGCUAUUAAACCGAGUCGUCGCGAUUGUUUACGCGUCCAUAGAUUUGUGCGAUUAUGUUAAUGAGGUCCGCGACUGGAAACUGACCGGUGACAAAGACUGGGACUUUACUGGUGAGACGCCAGAAUAAUCUACACUCGCGAUGGCUGUGAAAUCAUGGACACGCCAAGCGGAGGAGACGCUGAUCGAGCUGUGGCAGGAGUCUGCAUGUCUGUACGAUAUAUCUUCCGCCGAUUACCACAAUCGGGAAGAGAAGGACCGACGAUGGAAAGAGGUUGCCGAUGCGCUUCAAAUGCCUGCUGAGGCGGUGGCGACCAGAGUGGCCUCUCUAAGGACUCAAUAUGCUCGACUAAGGAAGCCAAAACCAAGUGGGAGUGAGAAGAAGCCCCUCACGUUGAGGCAGCGAUGGCUCCUGAGGGCCCUGGACUUCCUAAAGCCGCACAUUGUUCAUCGGCGAAACGAGAACCAUCUCGGUUUGCCAUCCUCUGAAAAAUUGGAGGAGUCCGUAGACGAGUCGGAUGAGAUGAUGCAAGAGACGGACAAAGACAUUGACAGUUUCGACUCCAUCAGCGUGUGUCUCUCCCCGAUGCCCGGCACACCAGACACCGGUAUUCCCGAGGAAACAGCCUCGUAUUCGCUCUCGCCCCGGAGCACAUCCGGCAAACGCAGACGCAUCUCAGAAUCAGACAUCGAGCUUCAGAAGCUCGAGGUUUUGAAGCAGAUGUCCGCCAAAGUCCUGGAGAACCCACCUGCAGACGCCGCGGCCGUGUUCGCCAGCCAGGUGGCGAUGGAGUACCGACUGCUGAGCGACCCGGCCGUCCAGAUGCGCGUGCGGAGGAAGAUCAUGGCUCUGCUCUACGAGGCACAAGAUUCAGAAAGACAUUGCCGGCAGUCAAAGAGACACAGUGAGAGGGAACUUAAAACCGAGGAGGACGUAACUUGGAUUAACACUAAUAUAUAAAUGUUAUCAUGUUGUUGCAGUGUUCUUGUUACUACCCUGAUUGUUUUCUACGUUGUAUUGAACUAUUUUUCUUAGUGGAAGCUUUGAGAUAAUCUACAUGUAAGAUAAUAAAAUAGUUUCAGUUCA